AAACGAGCAGGUGCGCCUGAGAAAACACAAGGCGCGAGACUACCGCGAAAUACAGCCAACAGAAAGCGCUUCCUCGUUUGCCCGCGAGACGUCUCGAGGACCACCUCGGAGCAUUUCUGCGUUCUUCAUCUCUUGCCAGACCGACCCGAAAGCUGGAGGCGGAUCCACGGAGACGGGCCGAGGUGCGACCGGCCGCGGAUGCAGUUCAGGAGCUCAGGCAGCAGUGCCUGAAGAGAGGCGCGGCGGGAAUCAAGGGACUCGGAAGGACGUUUCGUGUCAUGGAUGACGAUGGCAGCAAGUCUCUAAGCCUCCAGGAGUUUGAGAAGGGGCUGGAGAGCUAUGGCGUGUUUGUGGAGAAGGACAAAGCACAGCAGAUCUUCGCCUCGAUGGACAAGGACGGAAGCGGCACGAUCAACUUCGAGGAGUUCCUUGAGAAAUUAAGGCCGCCCAUGUCGAGCGCACGGAGACGGGCCAUCGAUCAGGCUUUUCGGAAGUUGGAUAAGACGGGAGACGGCGUUGUGACCGUAGAAGACCUGCAGGGUGUCUACGACAGCAGACAUCACCCCAAAUACAAGAGCGGAGAGUGGACUGAAGAACAGGUCUUCCGCUCUUUCCUGGAAAACUUUGACUCUCCGUAUGACAAAGACGGAAAGGUGACGCCGGAGGAGUUUGUGAACUAUUACAGCGGAGUCAGCGCUUCUGUCGACAGCGACGAGUAUUUCAUCACCAUGAUGAAGAACGCGUGGAAGCUGUAGACUAAUCAUCAUCAUCUCGUCUGACGCGCUCAGAAAUCAGCAUUUGAAUCGUGAUUAAACUAUAGUACUGAAACGGUGCGGCUUGCACAACAUCUACUUUCUAAUUAAACAUCUUUGGUUUCCACAUCUCGCUUUAUUGUUUCACGCGCUGCUUGCGCGACAGCCGUCAAAACCCGGGCUUGCGAAAGAGCAUUAUCGAGCUCUCUGACAAAGUCGCGGCAGCUGACUUCUAUAAUCGUUUCUAUGAAUCUGACGCAGCGCUCGCGCCACCUGCCGGACGCUCAUCACGUGACCCGUCCGGACUAACCACAGUAACUAGCAGCCCGGAGGUCGGGACGCAUUUAUUGAUCAAGGACGCAGGAAGCCGGUCAGAAGUGACAGUGAAGGCGUUACAAAAGGGCUCCGUUUCAAAUAAAUGCCGUUCUGGUCAAAGCAUCAUCAUCAUGAACAAAUAAAAACGUGGCAGUUCUCACAAAAAAAAAUAUGAAGCGGCACAGAAAUGUUUUCUUGAGCAAAUCAGAACAUUAGAAUGAU